AAGCUGGACCGCGGUCGACGCCAUGCGUGCUCUGCUGCAGCUGCUGCGCACAAGUGGGAUCCGGCGCGCCGGCGCCCCUGCUGUCGCAGCCGCGCGCCUGCCGCUGGGAGCUAGCGCAGGGCCCGGGCCGCGCCGCGCCAUGGCUCUGUACCGCACGGAAGAGCGCGGCCAGCCCCAUUCGCCCGAUUACCGUCUCUUUUUCAAGAAUGUAGCUGGUCACUACAUUUCCCCGUUUCAUGAUAUUCCUUUGAAGGCGGACUCUCAAGAGGAAAAUGGCAUUCCUACAAAGAGAGCACGAAAUGAUGAAUAUGAGAAUUUGUUUAAUAUGAUUGUAGAAGUACCUCGGUGGACAAAUGCUAAAAUGGAGAUUGCCACGGAGGAGCCAUUGAAUCCCAUUAAACAAGACGUAAAGAAUGGCAAGCUUCGCUAUGUGGCAAAUAUCUUUCCUCACAAGGGUUACAUAUGGAAUUACGGUGCCCUCCCUCAGACUUGGGAAGAUCCCCAUCGAAAAGACGAGAGCACAGACUGCUGUGGAGAUAAUGAUCCUAUUGAUGUUUGUGAAAUAGGCUCAAAGGUUCUUUCUCGGGGAGAGGUUGUUCAUGUGAAGAUCCUUGGAAUUUUGGCUCUUAUUGAUCAGGGUGAAACAGAUUGGAAAUUAAUUGCCAUCAAUAUGAAUGAUCCUGAAGCCUCAAAGUUUCAUGAUAUCGAUGAUGUUAGGAAGUACAAACCCGGUUACUUGGAAGCAACGCUUAAUUGGUUUAGAUUUUACAAGAUACCGGAGGGAAAACCGGAAAACCAGUUUGCUUUUAAUGGAGAAUUCAAAAACAAGGCUUUUGCUCUUGAAGUUAUUAAAUCUACUCAUGAAUGUUGGAAAUCAUUGCUUAUGAAGAAGUGUGAUGGAGGCCCUAUUAAUUGCACAAAUGUACAGGUAUGCGAUAGCCCUUUCCACUGCUCUCAAGAGGAAGCAAGAUCAUUAGUUGAAUCGGUGUCAUUUUCACUGGAUAAAGGAAGUAAGGAAGAAGAUCAAGUAUGGCACUUCCUUGGCAAGUGAUUGGAAUGUUGAAGUUCUGCCAUCAGGAUUCCCACCCCUAAGAACGGCAUGACUCCAUCUCCCCUGAGUGCUAGAAACAGGCAGAUCUAUGAGAACUAGCUAGUUUCCUGUUGAAACUUCUUUUUUUUUCCCCCAAAUUUUUAACGUUUGCAAUGUGUAAAUAAAUAUUGAAUUUUUUGAA